GCACAUAUUCAUGGAGUUUUUCAGCAAGUUUGAUUGCGAGAUAAAAAAGUCUAGCUUGUGGGAACCAGUUUCUACCAGUUACCUUCCAAAUGUGACUGGCAAUUUCUUCAGAAUUCCUAGUGCCUAUUCUUUUGGGGUGCAAAUGCUGUCAAAUGCUCAGUCUAGUUCCAAACUUAUAGAUCUUGAAGGAUAUCGUACUAAGUCCGCCUCCUUGAUGAAGAUGGAAGGGAUAACAAGUGGGAAGAAGAGGAAGAAAACGUCAAUUGAGCAGCCGCUGGACCCUCCUGCAGAGAAAAUUCAUAUAAGAGGUGAUGAGAAAGUGGAAGAGGCAAUGUUGCCUGAUGCUCGUGAGAAGAAGAAAUUUACUCCUAUUCGCAGGCGAAUAAAGAUACAGGAUCUCCGGAGGCAAAUUAAAUUGGGGACCCAAAGCAGAUUUGAUGCCAAGGAGUGGAUUUGUGAAAAUUGCACUUGGACCAAUAAGCCCCAGAAGCAUUUAAUUGCGUAUCUUCCUCCUUUCUUUUGCGAAAAUUGCCAAUAUGAUCUUCUUAAAAUGGGUAAUUAUGAAUUUUCAUUUUCAAUGGCUGAUGUCACUGUAAACGGCUUUUCACCAAUUGGCAAUAUCAAGGAUCAAGGAAAUACAGAUCAUUGCACAGUGUAUUCAACCAAUCAGUGUCUUGAGAUAACAGAUAGGAUGUCAAAGAUUCUAGUUGGUAAAGAACCUGAAGGGGUAUGCAAUGAAGGGCCUAUUCUUUCUACAAAGGAUCUUUUAGCAAAGACCGAAGAUAUGAUGAUAAGGUGUAACAUCAAUCAGAGGAAGGGGGAUCAUAAAUUUAACCGCAAAACCUUAGUCGUAGCAUUUGAGGUUGCUGAAGCUGAAGGCGUGAACGUAGUAUUGACAAAAGUCGAACAAGAUAAUGAGAUGAAACCAAGGACUGUCAAAGCUUUGGGUAAACAGUUUGUGCCCUGCGAUUUUGCUAGCAUAGCCCAGAAACUUGCAGAUGGUAUCCCUCAGGUUGGCAGCUUUCUUUCGGGAAAGAAGUUGUACAACCUUAAGCAUGGUCAGAUAUACAAGGCCCCAGGGAUGCCAGAAGACGAGAAUCACAAAAAAAAGGUGGUAUGGCAUGCUGUUGUUCUUAUUGGGGCAGGCAAAAGAAGAAAGAAAUAUUUUUAUCAUUUUGUGAACUCACUAGGUGUUAAGUUUUGCCUGAGGAUACCUAUAAAUCCAUCUCCAAGACCUAAAUCCACAUGGGUUGGAGGAGUCCAGUGUGGAAAGUCUAAACAGUUUCCGGGUGGAUUUGGGAAGGUUCGCGCCAGUGAUGUCAUGCUGGAUACAUUGCAAUUUGUUAGAUAUCCAGACUCCAACACACAGAAACAGCCUUGGCUCUCGUUUAAUUACUGUGCUGUCCGUUGAAGUAGGCAGCCAGAAAGCUUCAGUUAGUGGUUCCCAGAUUUCGGAUGCUGGACCUUCUGAAAUGGAUUUACCAAGAGUUAUCUGACUUCACAUGAACAACCAGCAAUAUCUGUAUCCGAGGCCAAACGCGGCACUUCAUUAUUUCUUGCACUUCGCACAAAGUGACCAUGCUAAUGCUGCAACAUUUGCAAUAUUGUUUUGAUGAAAUGGUGGGGCAAAAUUGCGAAGGAUUCAAUUCCGAGGAGAAAAAAGCUUGACUGCCAGCAUGAAGAUGAGCGAUUACCUCAGAGCAGCCCUAGGAGAAGGAAUCCAUGUCUGGUUUUGAAAACAGAACAAGCAGAAGAAAAAAAAGGUGGUGUACAGUCUUGUUGCUUGAUUGUUUGAUCAAGUCUAUCCGGAGUACUGAGUACGUGGCCUCUAUAAUUCUCGAAUGCUUGUUAUGUGUCCUUGGGCAUCUUAAUAUUUGAUAUGGCGUCGAGCCAAGUCGCGGAGCAGUAGCUAGAUUUCUUGUUUUCAGAAAGUGACUGGACUUCUCAUUGCUCAAAUAUAAUCUAUUUCAUUAUGUCUUA